GCCGUUCCCUUUUCGCCAUAUCGAACCGGGGAGACAUGUCUCCUCGAUACUAAUGGUGGUCCGCUCCCAUUUCCUGUGUGAUAUCCUGUCCAACUACCCGUAACCACGGUCACCCUUGCUUCGCCUUCCUGGUCGGAGCAGUCGGUUGAACAACAACCUUCGUCGAAACACUGGCGACAUUCCACAUUCCUGACCAUCCUCACCACCCCCCCACACUCCCUCGGACAGGAGACUUUCAUUCGAUUUUUCCCCCUCCGCGGUGUAAUCAGCAUCCUUUUGAUUGUCACCGCAUUUUCUCCGCUAUCCGUUUCAUCUACUCCCCUCCCUUUGAACCGUGAGAAGGUCCAUGUGUGCCGGGAAUCGUUUCACCUGACGGGCCCCCUACCGAUUCGUACAUAGAUCCUUUGCAUCGCUUGUCAAUAUGUCUUCGUUUUUACCUGUGAAUAAUACCUCGCCGCCACCGGAUCGGGACAUGGAGGAUGCCACCACGCCCACCACGCCCCGUCCUGCCUCGAAGGGCAUGCCUGAUGCGCGGGACACAUCGAUCUCCCCCACGCGGAUGGACGACCGGACGCCUCGCAAUGAUUACGCCCAGGAGGAGUCCCCCCGACACCCCGAGUCCCAGGGGAGUGUCGAUGACCGAGUCGCCGGGGAGUCGGAGGGAGAGGGCUCGGACCAUGAGUCCAAUCACCAGUCCAACAACGCUCCGCCGUCCAAGAAGAAGAAGGGCCAGCGCUUCUUCUGCACAGACUUCCCGCCCUGUAACCUGAGCUUCACCCGCAGUGAGCAUCUCGCCCGACACAUCCGCAAACACACUGGGGAGCGCCCCUUCCAGUGCCACUGCACCCGGCGCUUCUCCCGACUCGAUAACCUGCGCCAACACGCCCAGACGGUGCAUGUCAACGAGGAGAUCCCCGGGGACUCCCUCGCGGCCACGGGGACGCGAUUCCAGCGCCAGAUUCGGACGGACCGGGUACGCCCCCAGGGUCGCGCGCGGGCAGGCACGGCCGGCAGCCAGGGGGCACACAGUCGAGGCCACAGCCGGAACCUCUCGACCUCCAGCAUCACCUCAGCGACCUCCACCUACAGCCAGCCCCAGGAACUCCGCCGUCGACCCCCGCCGCUGAUCAUGUCCAACGACGGGCGGCCCCGGCUGGCCUUGGAUCCGCGGGGGGACCCACCCAGCACGCCCCCGGGCCAGGUCCGAGGACUCCCCGGCCCCGCGACGGGUGGCUCGCCCUACACGUCCUCCCACAUGUUCGCGGGCCAUGGUGGGAGUCCCCAUGUGGCGUCCCCCAUGUCGGCCGCGUCCCACGCCUCGGGCUUUUGGGAUGGGAAGACCGCGGCUCGUCGACUCUCGGUGCCCACCGGGGCGAACCCCUUCACGACGCAGGCUUACCCGCCCGCCGGGUAUGUCAACCCGGCGACGCCAACGGCGUACCCCUCCGGAAGAAGUUCCUUCGCCAGCCCAGCCAGCUCCCACUUUUCCAACGCUCGGGAGGAAGGGGCCCACAGUGCGGCCGACGCGGACCUGCGGAGGCGAACCUGGCAUCCGUCGACGUUCCCGGCGGCGCCCCGGCCGGCGACCAGUGGGUUUGGUGGUUACUCUACGCACGAGUCCUUCGCGGCCCCCGGGGGUGCCAAGGCGGCCGGAGAGCACCCCCCGCGCCUGCCGGGCAUCGAAAGUUUCGACAAGGUGGUUGCGCAGCGGCCCCUCACCCCGCCCGUCCGCCGCUCCAGUCCGAUGCAGCUGGACCAUCCGAAGCCACCGCCCGGUUAUUCCUUCGGGGGCGGCUUCAACUACUCGCAGCCGUCGGCACGACCGGCGCCCCCCAUCUCGGGUCCCGGCCACCGUCGGGGUCACGUCUCGUGGGACAUGUCCCUGCACACCAACCUGACGGGACUCCACAUCCGCGAUAAGCCCCUCCAGCGGGACGCCUCGAACUGGGGCCAGCAAACCAUCGCCGAACUGCACAGCGUCGGCUCGCGCCCGUCGUCGUCCUACCAGCCGCAGGCGCCGGAGUAUCGCGGCUCCAGCGGUCACGCCCCCAGCUACAGCAAUGCCACGAAUAGUUCGCAGGCUACCCGGACAUCCCCGGAGGAUUCGAGCAGCAGCGAGGGGGUCCAUACCCCGUCCACCGCGUCGCUCGAGUAUCAUCCCGCCAUCGUGCAUAACAACGGAUACGUCGAGCCCCAUCAUACCCCCUAUGCGUCCGAGACGUCUCAGACAGCACCCCAGCCUGAUGGCUAUCACGGCGCCCAUGACUCGCGGCCCGACCUGUUCAGUCAUGCCUCUGAGCGCAAAUCCGGGAUGGAUCGGCUGGAGGCGCUGGUGGCUGUGGCGACGAAUGAGAAUCGUGGGCCCACGAGACUGGUUACUUAGGCGGCCACUUGGACGGUCACUUCGACCGCGAAAAUCAAUACAUAUAAGCAUACCCAGCAUACGCCCAGAACACCAACCGAACAAAAAACAGCUGCGGAUGCGAUCCGUUCGAUCGGUCUGUCGAAGUGCAUUGCUCUAGUGUGGACGCCACUGGCAACUGGCGCCCUCUUUUUCUGAUUCUUGUUCG